GCGAUAAUGCGCCUUUAACGCUGGUUGCCGUCCACAAUAAAAACCAUAGAAGAAGAAGAGAAACAUGGCGGAUAAAGAAAAGAAGAAGAAGGAGAGCAUCUUCGACUUGUCAAAAUACAUCGACAAGCCGAUCCGUGUUAAGUUCCAAGGAGGACGAGAGGCCAGCGGUGUUCUGAAAGGAUUCGACCCUCUGUUGAACCUGGUGCUGGACGGCACAAUCGAGUACAUGCGUGAUCCAGACGACCAGCUGAAGCUGACAGAAGACACCCGGCAGCUGGGGCUGGUGGUCUGCAGAGGAACCUCCGUCGUGCUCAUCUGUCCUCAGGACGGCAUGGAGUCCAUUCCCAACCCCUUCGUACAGCAGCAGGACGGCUAACACAUGCACACACUUCACAUUACACACACACUUCACAUUACACACACACACUUGAACAUCUGGUGGAGUUUUUGUUUGAAUUGUUUCUAAACAUAACUGUAAUAAUGCGUCCGAUAAAGUAAUUUUCUGUUGAGAAUCAUUUUAAGUUGAUCAGCGAAUGGGCACUUGAAAGCACUUCACUGUUUGUCCGCUCCGUGGUGUGCACGUUUUUGCGGAGAUUUGAGUUAAGAGCCCACACUUUUGGGAAUACCAUUUUUCUUUUCAUUCACAAUAAGAACCUUUUUACUAUUCUUUGUUUUUUUUUGAUAAAAUAAAAUGAAAAAUGUUUGUUCAA